AGUCAGAAAGUGUUGUGUAUACAGUCACUGAAUCUGUGACUCCACUUGAAGAAUAUCUAAAAGAAAAUAGAAACGAACUCGAAAUAUCCUGGGGAAUACAUCAGAUUGCGGUAGGUUUUUGUGACAGUUAUAGCACAGAAUAGGAAGUUAUAGCAGAAGCGUAACUCUAGUCGUUUUCCUUAUUGUUUGACGUCCACGAAAAUUUUAACUCGCUCACGCCAAUCCACGCCAUCCUGGCUAGUACAGCCGGAAGUUUUUAUCAGGUUUUGGUAGGUACAAAGUGCCGGUUGUACUAGCCAGGAUGGCGUGAUUGAUGACGAAUCGCUUGUAAAAACGCGGACAAAUACUUGCUUGAGUUACGCUUCUGCUAUACCUUCCUGUUCUGUGGUUGUAGAGAGGAUUUUGUAGAUGGAAAUUUUGAAUGUGAAUUUUAUACAUUUAUUUUGACCUAACCAUGAACAGUUGUGAAGAAUGCAACUACAGGGUGUAUCAAAAUAAACGCAAUUCAUCUUUUGUGCUUAAUAACUUUCGAAAUACUAUUUCUAGUUAAACGCUUUUAGGCUUACUUCAAAGCCUGUUCUUUUCUCUUUCAAACAAACUAUUAUCCUUGUCUCCAUGCAAUGCUAGUAAUAAUUGCACAGGAAAAGAUUUAGUAAAACCUAUCAUUUUUAGUUGCUGUUUAAUUAUGCAAGUUUACUAUGUUAUUGUUUAGUCGGUUUAAAUGUUAGAAUUUUCUUCUUUAAACUUUAAUGUUGUCGUCACUACAUCUGGAAAACCACGUAAGAACAAAUUAAAAGUAUUUUAAAAGAGACCAGGUUGUUUGAAAAUCCUAAACGAAUGCUAAAAAUCGUUAAAACAUUCUGGUGUCUGAGCCAGAGUGUCAUCGAAUUGCGAUGUAAUGUAAACAGAAAUUAUAGCAAGUUGAUGUCAGUCAGCUUAGAUGGUCCAAGCCAAAAUUAUAUCGCAUUUGAAGCUUAAAACUGAGUUAAAAAUAGUGGAAGAAAAGCCGUAAUUAUACUUAUUGUUACAAUCCAUUUAAUAAAAUGCAACAUUUUUUUUGUUUUAAUGAAAAAAUCAGUUAUUUUCAUGAGAACGAUUUGUUAUUCCAUCUCAAUUUUUUUAAUCUCCAAUCGCAAUAACGUAAAGUAUUAUUAGCCGCGAACCAAUGAGUCAAAUUUAAGAAACAACCCACUGUUAGAAAGCUGAAUGGCUACGCUUUAAAAUGAAUGUAAACUUUAACGUUUUCGUCUAUUAUUUGUUUAGCAAUUUACAUUUUAGUCGAGGAUUGCGCUUUUUUUUUAUACACCCUGUAUAUAGGCCCUCUGGCAGGGAUCGAACCUACGGGCCUGCGAUUCCGGUGCAGCGCUCUAACCAACUUUUGUGACGAUUACUUUUUUCCACCCAUGGAUUUUUUACUGACGAGUAAAUUCAUCGUGCAUUGUACGAGCAGGCUAAUGCUACCAUUCUUCACAUACGAUCAUUAUGUACAUUCGGAACCAAGACCCUUUCAUAGUAGAGAUGGAUCUCCCGUCAAGAUGCAACAGCCAUCCUGUGGUUCAUCUAAUACCGUAUUAGUCGACAUUUACACAUAAGCGACCUAUCGUUUUAUUGCCCAAAUUCGUCCUGAUUGGAUCAUGCACUUCUUAUACAAGUUGAGCCAAUGAUUUUCAAAGUAGAAACUUAAAUAAAGAAAGAGGCAAAUCAUAAUUUUUAAUGAGCGUAUUAAAAUUUAGAAUUAAUUUGUAAUGAGAGUGCAUUGAUACAAACUCUUUUGCAGAAAAACGUUUAGCAAAUAUAGUUAUAAUUUCGAUAAAAAUGCAAGACUUGUAAGUGGCGUGUGACAGUGUAUCUUUCAUUUAGACUGCUUUAGAUUUUCUCAUAAACAACGGCGGCCUGGUUCAUGGAAAUAUCUGCUUAUCCUCCAUAUUUGUUGACCGCGGAGGGGAAUGGAAACUAGGCGGAGUCGCUUACAUCCAGCCUGCAACGCCCGCAAGUGGAGCAGACCUACACACCCUAUCCCGGUUUCCGUGGAUGCAGAAGUACGAACCACCCGAGGGGGUCUACGGCGGCAAGCUCAAAAAAAGAACCGAGAAAUGGUCUGCCGAUGUGUGGGGUCUUGGUUGCCUUAUUUGGGAGAUCUUUAAUGGGCUUCUGCCCAAGUCUUCCUCACUGAAGUCUGUUGGUAAAAUUCCUAGUAACUUACUGAGUCAUUAUGGCGAACUUGUGAGUGCCAAUCCAAAGAGCAGACCAGAUCCGGCUAAAUUUAUUACGCAAUGUCGAGCCAAAGGGCAGUAUCUUGCCAACAGCUUUGUCGACUCAAAUUUGUUUCUAGCCGAAAUACAGGUACAGACUACAGUACUUGACUACGUAUUCUAGCCAGUGAGCCUAGCUCCAUAUAUACAUAGUUCAAUUUAAGCAAUUUAAAACAUUCGAAAAACAUUAAUUGAAGCAAUUUAAAACAUUCGCAGUGCGUGUUUUAUCAGACCUAAACUCUAAAGAUACUCGGCUUCGCCUCGUAUCUUUAUAUCUGAUAAAACACUGCUGCUCAUGUUUCAAAUAGUACAAAAAGCAUUCGCGUAAUUAAUUUUAUUUUCCUGUAGAUAAAGAACCAAGCAGAACAGAAAGAAUUUUUCAAAUCACUGAGCUCUCAACUUGAUUCCUUUCCACAACAAUAUUGUAAAUUGAAAAUUCUACCAUUGUUGCUGAAUGCGUUCGAAUAUGGCUCAGCUGGUUCGACUGUUCUUGCUCCGUUAUUCAAGGUAAACUGCAUUUUAUGAAAGAAUGUGAAAUUUUAAAAAAGCUUAUUAACGUUAAACUGACUUGAUUUACAGUACAUGAAUAUCAUGUAUUAGAGAUCGAUGAUCCGUCGAAUGGUUUUCGCUUAGCAUAAUUUGUAUAUCUUCCUUUCUUGCGCUAAGUUCUUGCAACGGACUCAUGUUAAAGUAGUCAGUCAAUGCUCAGGUGCCGAAAUUCGUGGGUUCUUUCCGGGCACUCCGGUUUCCUCCCACAGGGAAAGUUGGGAGGGAUUGUUAGGAUAAACACAGUUAGGAAAGUAAUAUCACAAUUGUUGUAAAGAUAAAUAGCCUGGGCUAAGUAGGUAUAAUACAAGUAAGCGUCAUGCUUGAUGUAAACGGUCACUGAAAAGUCCCAAUGUGGAGUGAGCUGAAUAGUAUAUGAUUUAAAAUUUCAGAUUGGUAAACUGCUUGAAGCAGAAGAGUACCAGCAAAGAAUUGUUCCUUGUGUUGUGAAACUUUUCUCUUCGACAGACAGAGCGACCAGAAUACAACUGUUGCAACAGGUAAGCUUAGCGUUCACUCAGAUUUUAAAAGAUUAAGCCUCGCGUACAGAAAAACGAGUUUUUCUUGACAAAUUUACUUUCUGUGCCGUCAACAUCGUUUCCUUGACAAAUGUUGUUGCUGUGUGCACGGAAUAUUGUCAAACAUUUAUCUCACGUCAAGGCUUUCUUUUGUUUUCCAACCAGUAGCUUUCCUUGGCGGCCGUACUGACACGAACAAAUUUUCCUUUUCCAAAAAGUAGCAUGACCAAUUUUGGAACAGUGCUUCUUGGCAAGGAAAAAUUGUCAAUUUUUUCCCGUACACACGAGCAAAUAAAAGUUGUCAAGGAAAACGUUCUCAGCUUAAGACACUUUCUUUCGAGCCCUUUAUCUUAAUUAUUUUAUUUAAAAGUACACAUGGUGCUGGAGAUUAAUGUAUCUUUGUUUCAGUUGGACAACUUCGUACAGUAUUUACAACCAGCUGUUGUGAAUGAUCAGAUAUUUCCGAAUGUUGCGAUGGGUUUUGGAGAUACAGUGCCUGCCAUGAGAGAGCAUACGAUUAAGGUGAGCUUCUUGUUGAUGUGUGAAAGGCCCAUUAGCGUACGGGGGGAGGGGGUUGCAGCCUUCCUCCCCCCAGCCAGUGUUGAAAAUCUGGCAAUUUGCUAUGCAUUCCCGCCUCAGAAUAAUGUUAUAUUCUGUCAUGGUAUUAAUGUUGAAAUACUAAUAUAAAAACUGAAUGACAGAUUGAAAUUGAUUUAAUUAAAUGUAAAUACUCGUAAAUACUGUAGUGGCUCUAUAUUUUAUAUUUAUCGUUUUAAGACUGGCUAUGUAUUUCCCCGUGUCUGUAUAGGAGCUCGUCAUGUGUGACGUCAUACGCAAAUAGUCUAUUAAAAGUUUACUUAAUGCAAAUUCUUGUGGAUUUUUGUCACAGUCCAUGCUUCUACUGACGCCAAAACUAAGUGAAAAGACAAUAAACAACCAACUUCUGAAGUUCUUUGCCAAACUACAAAUGGAUGAACAGGUAGGUACAAUAUAUUGAAACGAAUUUAUCCAAGCUAUUAUCAUAAUGUGCAUCGUGAUGUGACGGUCUGGAAGCUCGGAAAACUUUAAAACCACAAAAAUAGAAGACCUUUGUUUGAUGUUGAACUGUUCCUCACCGUGAACAAAUCCUUUGCCAUAACUUCAUUAGGCGUAAAAAAAUACCGGUGGUUCCAGUUCCCGACCGACCCUAUUUUUUUCUGCCGACCCUAUUAUUUUUUCAACGCCUAUUUUCUCCAGGUGGUUGCGGGCUGCUCGUACAGCGUGCAAAAAUGGCGUCUGUUGUCACACUAAUUAUUGAACCAAAUUGCCUAAAUUCGUCCAUAGGAAAUACGCAUCUCUAGUUAAUAUUGAUGUCGGAACUCUACUGCAAAUCGCUCAGCAAAAAAACGCCAAAACCAUGAAAAAAAUAUUCAAAAAAAAAAUUAUUUCCGACCUACCGACCCUAAUUUUUUCACGAUAUGAAACCGGAAGCACAGGGUUUUUUUUUACGCCUUAAGUAUUAUACAUCGUGUUUGCACGUUUCAUCUCAGCUAUCCCUAUCGGACAAUGGACCUUUUCCCUUAUAACUAAAAUUUUGAUCUGGACAAAAAUUUCAUCACAGCUUGAAAGAGCAUCACAAAGUUAGUAAUAUUCCAAAGUUUCGUUGCGAAAUGUUGUAAAAUGCGGAUAAUAUACUGUAGCCUUGCGAAAUUUGCCGUUUUUCAGUCAUUUUGUAUUACGCAUGGGAAAUUGACAGCCCAAUCGGGUGUUGGGGCAUCAAUUUCCCGUUUGUAACACAAAAUGACUGAAAAUUGCAAAUUUUGCAAGGCUAUAUUAUCCGCAUUUUGCAACAUUUCGCAACGAAACUUCGGAAUAUUACUAAUUUUGUGAUGCUCUUUCAAGCUGUGAUGAAAUUUUUAUCUAGAUCAAAAUUUUAGUUAUAAGGGGAAAGGUCCAUUAUACGAACUAUACUCUACAAUGAGCUGAAUCACCUUGACCGUGCACAAAUUAACAUAAACUUAGACAGAAACAUAACACAUUGAGUUCCGUUCAGUUUCCAGACCAUCAUAUCUUGACAGACUAUUAUAAAUAUAUGUAUCAAUGUACGCAUGCCAGCGCACUACAAAUUUCCCAUUUAAUAGAAUACUUGUCUUGUUUUUCUUGUUAGCCAAGUAUUCGAACCAACACAACCGUAUGUUUGGGAAAGAUAGCACGUCAUUUGCCUGAAGCAGUAAGUACAUUCCUUUGACUAACAUGAAGUACAUGUAUUAAACAGUAUUACAUGUGAAUUGAUAACCCCCUAUUAAGUUGAGGUCACAAUUGUAACCUCGUCACAAUGGUCAGUGCAAUUGUGCUUUUGGAUUAAUUCCUAUGAUAUAUCAGUGGUCUGAUUUUACGUUCGGUAGAUAGAACUAUUUAGUAUAUUAAAUAAAGCUAGUUUGGUUUUCUUCCUGUAGUAAAACUGGAUUAAUAAGAGACGUCCCUUACUAAACACCUAGGCAGAACAGCUUCAAAUUGGUAGAAACUGUUUAGUACAGUAUAUUAAAUAAAGCAAGUUUAGUUUUCCUCCUGUAGUAACACAGACUGGAUUAGUGAAAGACGUCUUUUGCUUGAUCUCUAUAGGCAGAACAUUCCGGAACUGAUACUCUGAUAGAGCCAGCAUAGGGUACAAAUGAUUUAGUUGAUGACUCAACACAAUCUGCACAAGUUAUUGCAACAUUUGUUUGGCUCUUCGGACCUAACUUAAGGAUUAUAUAUUUUUUCUAGACACGUCAAAAAGUAAUCGUGGCAGCAUUCCUUCGUGCUUUGAGAGAUCCCUUCCCUCCAGCCCGUAUGGCGGGUAUCAAUGCAUUGUGUGGAACGCUGGAGUUUACGGCGGCACAAGAAUGCGCUACGAGAGUGCUGCCUGCUCUGUGUACCAUGACUGUAGACCCUGAUAAAUCUGUAAGAGAUCAUGUGAGUAUAUAAGACUACUAAUUAUUUGCAGUUCUACGCGAUAUCAUGGGCGGAUUUACUGGGGGGAGUGGGUUAGGGGUGGUUAAACCCCCUUAGAAUCUCACUAACCCCUCUAAUAAAGUAUUCAACCCCACCAAAAUUUCUCUUCAACCCUCCUAUUGUGUGAAAGGCUUUAACCCAAACGCUUAACCCUUGCCGAAGCUCACUGAGUAGUGCCGCUUGCACCCCACCAGAAAUUUUUCUACCCCUCCUUUUUGCGCGAUAUAACACUUGACUUUUGAUUUUUGCGGCUGCGUGUAGAAGCUAUGCUGUUGAGAAUACCAUGCAGUUGACACCAAGUCCCCAAAUAUUGAAUAUUGAUUUUCCAAACAAUAUAUGGUCUCUGACGGGACUAGGCGUAUGAAAUAAUGACAAGAAUUCGCGAGAAAAUAACUAGUAAUUAAAAGCAUAACAAAGCUAGGCAUGUAGCGUGAGAAGUAAUUUAUACGCACGAAAGACCGAUCGAACAACGAUUAAUCAGUAAACAAAUCUACAGUACGCGCAUACAUUACAGUACGAGUAUACAGUACACAAACAGAAGCUUAUCUACAGGGGCGAAACUAGCCCCUUUUAAUUCGGUGGAUGUCUGCCAGAUUUGCCCUGCCAAAACCGAUGAUGCCCUGCAGAAAUUUUUAUUUCUGGCCACUAUUUUUCCUGAAAAUGUUGGCGAACGGGGGAGGGGGGUGGAAAAAAUUUUUCCGGACAUUAAAAAAAGGGUCGAAAAAUAAACCGAACACAAACCAGCUUAAUUAAGGGUCAAAAAAAUUUUUCCGUGCAAAUUCCUGUUAAAACAUGGGUGAAGCUCUUAUUUUUGGACCAAUAUCUGUAAAAUUUUGGUCUAUAAAUUCUAUUCAAUUCCCUCUGAAAGCCCUGUAAGUUGCUUAAUAACUCUACAUUCUAUCAUUAAAAAUCUUUGAUUGCCCUGCCAAUCCAGAUGAUUUGCCCUGCCAGUCCAGACGAUUCGUGUUUUUUUUUGGGGGUUUUUUUUGGGGGGGGGGGUGGUGUCACACUCCCAUACCCCCCUUAAGUUUUGUCCCUGCUUAUCUAGUAACUAUAGGUUUACCUCCGUUCAGACGAGCUAGUUUUCCUCGACAACUUUACUUUCUUGUGUGUACGGAAUAUUGUUAAACAUUUAUCUACGUAAAGGCCACCUUUUGUAUUUCUUGUACGAACACAUUUUCCUUGUCCAAAAGUUGGUGCGACUCGCUACGGAACAAGGCUUUUUGGAAAGGAAAGAUGGUCAAUUUUUGCCGUACAAACUUGUCAAGGAAAUCCUGCUAGGCUGUACAAGGCUUUAGGAUGGAUAUAAUCAAAAUUAAACACGGAAAAUGAAUUACAUAAGUUAGGUACCCCAUUAAUUCACGUCAAUUCACAUUAUAACCUAUGUUUUUAAUUUACAGUGUUUCAAAGCGGUACGCCUAAUUUUAAGCAAGGUCGAGAAACAUUCUGAAGAAAUUGCUGCAAAAGAAAAUACUUCUAGUAAGUUAUCAAGUUAAAUAUUGCCAUACAAUGAAUAUAUUUGUUCAACCUGAUUUUAAUUAAUAUUCUAAUUAUUGAUAAGUCAGUCAUUCUAAUACACAGACUUAAUGAAUGAUAUUAAAUGUUUCAGACGAAUCUCCGUCAUCAACCGAGGAACCUGGAACUACAUCCGGGACGUGGACUGGAUGGGCAAUGAGUUCAAUAUCGUCGAAGUUUUAUAAAGGAGGAAGUGCAUCAGGUGACGUUCCUGAGAAGGAAACUACGUCAGCACCACAACCACAGCAUGUCAAAAGUAAGUGCAGGGAACAGAGAGUAGACAUUUUAAUUUUCAACAUGCGAACAGGCAUACCCUGCCUUACGAAAUUAGGGAAUUCAUUACGGCCUGCGGAGCAGGAAGGAGAGUCGAUGAGAGGAUAUCAUGCCCGGGUCGAACGAUAACAAGAGUUGUGCGAGAGUUUUUACAGGAUGAUUACCGGUGAAACGAACAAAACAACUAAAUUAAACUCACCUUGGGUUUCACUACGGCAUUAUGCAGUGAAUCUGACGGGGGUGGGGGUCACCCUUAAAUGUGUUAAUGUUUACUCUGAUAACUGUGUUUUGUUGAGUUGACCCCCCGUCAUUUCUGUGACGUCAUAUGAAACCCAAGAAUAAGAAAGCUUCGGAUUGAUAGGGAUGCAAUUACUUGAAUAAUACAAGGAGAACUAAUGCAGUACAAGGAGGAUUUUAUAUAUACUGGAUAGCUCUAUCAGUUCUAAGCUGUUCUCUCAUAGAGGUCCAGCAAGGCUUCCCUUAUUGGUCCAGCUAGUGUUUCUAAAAGAGGACACCGGGGUCUUUACUUUUAUUAUUUUAAGGUACGUCGAACUCGGAUCGUAACACACGCAAUACUACCACUGCUGUAGCAAACCACGCCCGCGAUAAAGAAAGUCAGUUAGACGCAAACUCGGACAGUGAUUAUGAAGGGGAUGAGUGGGGUGAAGAGGGGUGGCAGGAGGAUGAUGAAUGGGGUAACGAGAAGGUAUGUAGGUAUAUUGUUUUUACACAAGACAAAUUUACAUGGAUGUUUUUGGACUUCUUGUUCUCGUCAAUUUUUUCUUACAAUAGGUGAUUCCAGCUUUUAAAUUAUGCACGCAGGGGGUGGUGGGAAGUAAGGUAUCAUAUUGCUGAUUAUCCUGAAAAAUUUCAAUAAACUGCCGAAACAACCGAAAUAUUUCAAUAUUUACAAGUAUAAGCUGUCACUCCGUGUUUACACGGCCGCCAUUUUUAUUUUUCAACAUAAUCAGCAGUAUGAUACCUUACUUCCCAUUCUCCCCAUGCACGCAUAAACUAAAAGCUGGAAUUGCCUAUUUGCAGUGAUAAAUUUGUUCACUCUAUUUCAUUCAGGAUUCAUUGAGCAGUGUUAAGAAAGACCUUGUUGCAGCCAGAAAUGAACUUACUUCCGUCAUAAGUCACGAUGAACCUGGGGUAAGGAUUACUUUUGUAUUCCAAACUAUUCUAUAUUUAACAAAUGUAAAACAGUUUCCUGGAAAGUCUUUCCUUUCUUCAGGAAACAGACUCUGUGAAUGAAGAUGAAGAUAGUGACAGCGACUUCGGAGACUGGGACCAAGACAACUGGGGUAAUAGUAAUAAAUUGACAACGCAAACGAAAAAUGUGAAGUCGCCAGCGACCAGUUCACAGGUAAGGAGUGCCUUGAGUUUAUAUAACUUAUGGUAGGACUAGGUAGACGAGAUAGCUCUAUCGUACUGAGUUAUGUCUAAACUAUUCUAACCACAGUAUUAGUACAUGAGGAAACCGUGGUAUUCGGAGAAAACUUGAGUUGUUUGAUAAAGUCAAACUGGAAACAGCAAUCCUUAUAGGAAGUACAGCUACCUGAAAAAUAUAAGCAGAACUUUGACGUUUCGGACGAAAGCCCUUCCCGAGUGAAGACCCUUCCCAAAUGAAGGCUCAAAAGGCUUUGAGCGAAGGCCUUAAAGAUUUCUGUUUGUUCUCAUCGCUCCCUACGCUGGCACAGACCACUCUUAGCCUGCUCGCAGCCUGAAAUUUAGAAGGGGGAAAUAUUUCCCCUUCUAAAUUUCAGGCUGCGGGCAGGCUAAGACCACUCAAGAUUAAUUAAAACUAGAAACAUUCUUCUUGCAUGCAACUGAGGUGAAAUUAUCAUUGGGCAACUGCAUGUUGCCAGAAACAAACCCAGACGUAGAGGUCACCGUCAAACCACUUACACUGUGCCGCCAUGGUAGCCAGUACCUAUAUGAACAGAUUUAUGAUUGGUUGAUUAUGACAAUAAAAGACAGUAAACUAUAGAAAUGAUAUUUCUAAUGAACAAGUUAUAAAACCAGAAAAUGUGGUCAUGAUCCCAGUCAAGAGGUUAUGUUUUCAUUUGUGUGUCUGUCUGUGUGUAUUUGUCUGUUAGCACGAUAACUUAAAAAUUAUCAAAUUUGUUGAUACGAAAAACAAAUUGAUUAAAUUUUGGGCAAAUUUGGAUGAAAAUUGAAUGAGAAAUUAGCGAAAUUUUGUCUUGCUUUGCUGGGCAGAGUAAACAGAAUACAUAACUAGCCCAUUGCAUAAUUUAUGAAUGAUACAUAAUUUAUUUUCUGGCGGAGGUAUGCUGUCUCUGGCGGAGGUAUUUGCCGCGUCACACGAAUUUCAAUUCUAAUCCAAGCUAUUCCUUUAGUCUAAAGCAAGGAAUGAAAAGUCAACAACGGGUGCACUAAAGCUAUCAAGCAGUAAGAAAAAAUCCGGUGUAAAUGAAGACGACCUAUUAUCAGAACUGAUGUCGGAUACAAUUCAAAACAAACCAGUGAGCCAAGGCUCUGCAUGGGAUACAGACUGGAAUGACAUGAAGGAUAGUUUUGUACAAGACGACAAUUGGACGCAAAGUUUCUUUCAACAAGAAACUAAAACCAAUAUAGAGAAGGUUUGGUUUGCGCAUGUUAUUUCUGUAUAGUUUUUUGUGCUUGUCCGGUAGGUAGUAUUUUUCUAGUUUUGUUUUACGGACUAUUUUGCCCUUCCCCAUUGUUGUUGCGCUUGAAUCUUUCGACGUUUUCUCAAAUCGUCCCCCGUUUGCUUGCAAAAAAUGCAGAAACAAAAAAAAAUGCAGAAAAAAAUGCAGAAAGAAAAAUGCAGAAACGUACUUUGUUUCCAAGAUUUGAUUUUUGUUGGGGAAACCACUGUUUUUUAAUUCGCCCACCAUCGAGAAACAUGGCUAGUAAACAAUGUUUCCCCAUCAUGUGUUUGCCAUUUCGCCCAGGGCUUAGUUCACAUGCUUUCUAGGCUGGAAGAAUAUAAGAUGAUGCAAAAGAUAAUGCGUUUCUUUCCUUGAAACGCUGUUCUUACUGUGACAGUGUUUCCUAUUUCCUAUUUAGAGUACGAAGAAAUUUGGUAGUUCUCCGAAAACAUCUAAAAAAUCCACAAACCAAACAGAAGACACUAAAAAAAGCAAAACAGCUGCUAAAACUCGCCCUAAACAAGGAAGACCGACUACAAACAAGACAUCUCAUUCAUCAGAUGGUUGGGGUGAAGACGAUUGGGCGCCUCUAGAGGACUCGGCACAAGUAGCUACCAGUUUCAGCUCGGUUUCUCUGGCGGACAUGGGGAACGCUGGGACAGCAGGUGAUAGCUGGGACACUGAGGGAUGGGAUAAUUUUGAUAGUAUUGAAGACAGUAAACAAAGUAAUGCUGAUAUAGCGAGGAAAAAACGGGAAGAAAGAAAGAAACAGAGGCAACAAGCUUUAAAAGAGAAACGAGCUGCUAAAGGGGGAUCCAAAUUGGGGGCUGUCAAAAAAGAUCAAUUUUGAGGGUUUGAAUAGAUGGGCUUUCACUUCUUAGCAAAACAAUUUUUUAAUUUGAAAUGCCAUUUAGCAUUCGUCAACAAUACCAUGCGCGCCGUUUCUUUUACAGUAAAGGUCUGUGUGUAGACCGAGUUACCCCGGCAGGACAAAAAACACAAAAGUUUUAACGGAACAACAAAAUUAUUUUUGAAACAACUAAACGCAGAUACCCAACUAGGGCGUUAACACAGCAGGCUUUAUAAAUAUCGGGCAGGCAAGCUUUUUAUUUGCAGGCUACAAUACGGUGAAUGCGAAUCGAGCUUUUUGCCGCGGGAAUAAAUAUAUUGGUAUUUAUAUGAUAAAAUCAAGGUAUAGAAUUAUGUAGAAUUUAUAUUAUCUAUAAUCGUAAGUUAAUUUAAGAAAAUGUUUUAAUUGUGUAACAAAUGUCUGUACUGUGAAUUAUUUGUGAUUUUCGUAGUCAUAGUUUGUUACGUUCUUAUACACAACAGUACUUUGUGAAUCAAUCCGGGAAGUAAUCAUUAAUCAAGCCUGGUUUAUAUCAGUAAACUCUAUAUGUAAAGGCUGUUUCCACUAUCAAAGUUUUUGUGAUCACAGUAGGAAUUUUGCAUAUAUAAAUUCUAAGUUUUGAAGGAUUUGUGAGAAAUUUUUGAGGGAACUGACUCAGUGUUAAACACCGAGUCAGUUCCCUCAAACAUUUCUUACAAAUCCUUCAAAACUUAGAAUUUACCUAUGCAAAAUUCCUACUGUGAUCACAGUAUCUUUGAUAAUAGAAACCAGCCUUACAUGUAAGAGUCUAUAGAGUUCAUUAUUCAUUAAAAAGUCACGAUUUUCUUCAAACCAGAGGUGUAUUCUCUUCAGCUGUCGAAGUCUCGUCAUCUGCCUCUACAACUGGUCCAUCCACUUGGUCAUCAUUAGUUUCACUUUCUUUUGUUGUAGAAUCGUCCAUGGACGACAGUUUUCCACCAUCACCAAUAGACACCAUUACUUCGGCUUGAUUAUCUUCUGCCUUAUUGUUGUUGUCAUCCUCUGCAAAUAACGUAAGCUCGGACGCUGCCGUAUUGGUUUCUGAUGAAAUUUGUUGCGUAUGAUUUUCUUCGCUUCUCUCUGCAUCAAGAAGCUUGUCAUUUUCAUUACCUACUGCAUCUUCUUUCAUUGCUUUUGUUUGAGAAAUGUCUUUAUUUUCUACUAUUGUUGCUGCUGUAGUUGAUAUGAAGCUAGUACUUUGUCGAACAUCACCAUGCAAUUCAUACCCCGUAUUCUUGCUCUCUGCCUGACACGCAUUUACUGUGUGUGGAUUCUGUCCACGCGAUUUCACAUUUGGCUCUGGCGGACUAAGACUCUGUUCUGUCGAUGGUCCAGUUUCACUCACAAUAAGAGGUUUGUCUUCUUGUGUCCAUUCUUCAUUUAAACAUUCGACGUCGUUUUCUUUUGGACAACUGUCUUCGCUAUUUGAUCCCUCGUGUUCGACGCUAUUCAAAUCAAGGUGGUUGUCGGUAAUUUCCGAUUGUAUAUUCGCAAUCACUGGUUUGUCUUCCUGUUCGCAUUCGUUUGCCAAACAUUCCUUUUCCUCUUUGGAGUAACGGUCCUUUGACUGUGUAGAACCUUUUCCAUUCAUUCCCGCAAUAUCUUGGGGAUUAUCAAAUUGUUUUUGCUGACUGUUGUCUAUCACUGAAGAUAAAGUUUUAUCUGUUGUUUCUUCACACUGGUUCUCUCUCAGGUCCUUGUUGUACUCCAGUGAUGUGUCCUUGAUAAUCUUGUCCUGCCGUCCCAAAAUUUUGACCUUGUCUUCAUUUGUGUCUUGUUUGUCAAGCAAUGCUGUUGUGUCUUCAUUGGUGCUACUAGCUUCGGGCUUAUUCUUUUUCUUGCUAGCUGUUCGUGGUCUGGUUUGUUGAGCGUUUUUGAUAUUGGCAUCCUCUGGUGUUUUAUUGUUUGCAUGGUCAUGUACGUUCACUAGUGCGAAAGGGUUUCCACUUGUGGAAUUGUGAUGUUCUACUGGAACCGUGUAUUCUGACAGCUAGACAAGGAUAGGAAUGAU